UUACCACUCUAGAGAUUUCUUCUAACCAUGGUUCUCUCCUACUUCUUCUUGUAGCACAAGUAUGUGCGGUCCUAUAGCUUCUUCCCCAUGAUUGCUAGGAAAAACCAGAGAAGAUUAUAUGAGGAUAGACAUUGAAAUAAGCUUAUCUUAACUCAUUGGCCAUCAUCUUCCAUGUAUAUAAAUAUGGUUGUGCGUGUUGCCCGCAAAACUCCCCCAUUUUUAUCUCUUCUGUUAAUUUUUUUAUCAGAAUUUCAUUGAUUUCAGCUCCUACUAUCAUCACUUUACUCAACAGUCUUCUCUCUCUCUCUCCUCUCUCUCUCUCUCUCUUCCAAGAAUAUGGGAUUAAGGGAAGUGGGAUCAGCUCUGCCUCCGGGGUUCAGAUUCUAUCCAAGUGAUGAGGAGUUAGUUUGCCAUUAUCUAUAUAUGAAGGUGGCAAACAAGAAAACUUCACAGGGAACCAUGGUGGAAGUGGAUUUACAUAUCAAGGAACCUUGGGAUCUUCCGGAGAUGGCGAAGCUAAGUCCAAACGAGUGGUAUUUCUUCAGCUUUCGUGACCGAAAGUAUGCAACAGGGUCACGAGCAAAUAGAGCAACAAAGACUGGGUAUUGGAAGGCUACAGGGAAGGAUAGAAUUAUACGCAACCCUAGAAGGAAUGUGAUGAUGGGGAUGAGGAAGACAUUGGUGUACUAUCUUGGUAGGGCUCCAAAUGGGAUCAAGACUAAUUGGGUCAUGCAUGAAUUUAGACUCGAGACUCCCCAUUCUCAACCAAAGGAGGAUUGGGUUCUUUGUAGAGUAUUUCAUAAGAGGAAAGAGGAAAGAGAUACGGAAACUACUACUUGCCACACUGUUAUCUCAUCUUCUGAUUUGUGGAACCAGUUCCCUCCUAUCGUUAUAGAUCAACCACCUCCUUAUUAUGAGGAAAAUAAUGGUUGCUCAUUAUCCACCGUUACUACUUAUCAAGAGGAAGAUAACAACUUAAAUUGUAUUCAUAAUCCUUCUCUUACACAAUUUGAAUUCUUUAAUGACUUCACAUUUGAUCAAAUGGAAGAGGGACCAAAGAAUGGGAAUAUUGGACAGUAUGAGCUCGUGUGGGAUAUGGGGCUUGACCAUGGUGGCUAUGAUACUGUAAAUCUAGAAGGAGUAGGCUUCUCAGGGUGAAAGAAUAACCUAUACAUAAUAGAUGAUGAAAAAGAUCAAUUAUGAAGUGAAAGUUCUUGUAGAUAGAUAUGUUGUGUUAUUUUUUUUAUUAGUGAAAGAGUUUCGCGUCAUUGUUUGUAAGUAUCUCACUCAAAUGUUAUUAUAGAAGCUUG